GGACGCCGCCCGCCGCGCGCCGAGCAGUGGCCGCGGGCCCCGGUGCGUUGCGCCCCGCUCCGGAAACCAGGCCCAGGGCGCCCCGGAGCCGGGGCGGUGGUCGCUCCCGGAGGCCCCCGCCGGCCGCGGCGCUCGUGGGCAGCGCCGUGUGGCGCGUGGAGCGCGCGGGGGCCGGGGGCUGGCGCUGGGAGCGCGCCGUCGGCGUGGACUGCAGCGCCCCGGAGCCGCGCUGCGUCUGGCUGCCCUGCCUCGGCCACAGCGACCGCCGCGCGCCCGGGCUGCACCGUGCCAAGCUGCCACUGGGCCCAAGGGAUGGCUUCCCUCCUGGGCGCCCCCUCCCCUGGCAGGGGCCGCGGACGCUGCUGCUGCACAAAAGUCUCCAGGAUGGCUUCGGGUUCACCCUGCGCCACUUCAUCGUGUACCCGCCCGACUCGGCCGUACACUGCAGCCUGAAGGAGGAAGAGAAUGGAGGACGAGCAAGAGGCCCCGGAGGAGGACCCUCCCCUCGGCACCGCCUGGAGCCCAUGGAUACCAUCUUUGUCAAGAAUGUGAAGGAUGAUGGCCCCGCCCAUAGGGCAGGGCUUCGCACAGGAGACCGGCUGGUGAAGGUGAAUGGAGAGAGUGUCGUUGGGAAAACCUACUCCCAGGUGAUAGCUCUGAUCCAGAACAGUGAUGACACCCUGGAGCUCUCCAUCAUGCCCAAGGACGAGGACAUCCUUCAGCUGGCUUACUCCCAGGAUGCCUACCUGAAGGGGAACGAGCCAUAUUCUGGAGAGGCACACAGCAUCCCAGAGCCGCCCCCACUCUGCUAUCCCCGAAAGACCUACGCCCCACCAGCCCGGGUCUCUGCCUGGGCCACUAUGGUGCCUGAGCCCACCUCAGCCCUGCCCAGUGACCCCCGGAGUCCUGCCACCUGGAGUGACCCCGGACCCCGUGUGCUGCCCGCCACCCGUGCCCAUCUGGACAAUUCUUCCUUGGGGAUGAGCCACUCCCGCCCCAGCCCUGGUGCCUUCCCCCACCUCUCCUCCGAGCCGCGGACCCCCCGUGCCUUCCCAGAGCCUGGCAGCCGGGUGCCCCCUAGCAGACUGGAGUGCCAACAGGCCUUGUCACACUGGCUGUCCAACCAGGUACCUCGCAGGUUGGGGGAAAGACGGUGCCCAGCCAUGCCACCCCGGGCCCGCAGUGCCUCCCAGGACCGGCUAGAGGAUGCGACUGCCCACCGCCCAUGGCCCUGCUCCACCUCCCAGGAUGCCUUGAGCCAACUGGGCCAGGAAGGCUGGCACCGAGCUCGCUCGGACGAUUACUUGAGCCGGGCAACCCGCUCCGCCGAAGCCCUGGGGCCAGGAGCCCUGGUGUCGCCUCGCCUCGAGCGCUGUGGCUGGGCUUCCCAGCGUCCAUCUGCACGCGCCUCUGCCUGCCCACCCCGGGACCUGCCCGGACCCCAGGCCCCACCCCCAAGUGGCCUACAGGGCUUGGAUGACAUUGGUUACAUCGGGUACCGGAGCUACAGCCCAUCAUUCCAGCGACGGACUGGCCUCCUGCACGCACUCUCUUUUCGGGACUCGCCCUUUGGGGGUCUACCAACCUUCAAUUUGGCCCAGUCCCCCGCACCAUUCCCACCAGAGGCCUCUGAACCACCCAGAGUCGUCAGGCCGGAACCCAGCGCCCGGGCCGUGGAACCUCCUGCCGAGGACCGCCGCAAUGAGGUGGUCCUGAGGCAGAAGCCACCGACGGGCCGCAAGGUGCAGCUGACCCCUGCACGACAGAUGAACCUCGGAUUCAGUGAUGAGUCCUCAGAGCCGGAGGCCAGCGGGCGAGGGGAACGCCUGGGCAAGAAGGUGGCUCCUUUGGCCAAUACCGAAGACUCUCUGGCUUCCAUCCCCUUCAUUGAUGAACCCACCAGCCCCAGCAUCGACCUCCAGGCCAAACACGUCCCUGCCUCCGCGGUGGUCUCCAGUGCCAUGAACUCGGCCCCUGUCCUGGGCACUAGCCCGUCCUCUCCAACCUUCACCUUCGCCCUUGGCCGCCAUUACUCACAGGACUGCAGCAGCAUCAAGACUGGUCGCCGCUCCUCCUACCUACUGGCCAUCACCACGGAGCGCUCCAAGUCCUGCGACGACGGGCUCAACACGUUCCGGGAUGAAGGCCGGGCGCUGCGCCCUCACCUCCGGCCCUUGCUCCCCAGGCGCCUGCCAAACCGCGUCCCCAGCCUGCGGAUGCUGCGAAGCUUCUUCACCGACGGGUCUCUGGAUAGCUGGGGCACCUCCGAAGACGCUGAUGCCCCCUCGAAGCGACACUCAACCUCUGACCUCUCGGAUGCGACCUUCAGCGAUAUCAGGAGAGAAGGCUGGUUGUAUUAUAAGCAGAUCCUCACCAAGAAGGGGAAGAAAGCGGGCAGCGGCCUGCGCCAGUGGAAGCGGGUGUACGCCGCGCUGCGGGCGCGCUCGCUCUCCCUGAGCAAGGAGCGGCGGGAGCCCGGGCCGGCGGUGGGGGCUGCGGCGGCCGGCGCAGGUGAGGACGAGGCGGCGCCCGUCUGCAUCGGCUCCUGCCUGGUGGACAUCUCCUACAGCGAGACCAAGAGGAGGCACGUGUUCCGGCUGACCACCGCUGACUUCUGUGAAUAUCUCUUUCAGGCUGAGGACCGGGAUGACAUGCUGGGCUGGAUCAGAGCGAUCCGGGAGAACAGCAGGGCCGAGGGCGAGGACCCCGGCUGUGCCAACCAAGCUCUGAUCAGCAAGAAGCUUAAUGAUUACCGCAAAGUGAGCCAUAGCUCUGGGCCCAAAGCUGAUUCCUCUCCGAAGGGCUCUCGGGGCCUGGGGGGCCUCAAGUCUGAGUUCCUCAAGCAGAGUGCAGCCCGUGGCCUCCGGACUCAAGAGCAGCCUGCAGGGAGCAAGGAUGACAAUGCUGCUGCCCCUAAAGCCCCCUGGGGCAUCAACAUCAUCAAGAAGAACAAGAAGGUCACCCCAAGGGCAUUUGGCAUCCGGCUGGAGGAGUGCCAGCCCGCCACAGAGAACCAGCGCGUCCCCCUGAUUGUAGCCGCCUGCUGUCGCAUUGUGGAGGCCCGGGGGCUGGAGUCCACCGGCAUCUACCGGGUGCCCGGCAACAAUGCCGUGGUGUCCAGUCUACAGGAGCAGCUCAACCGAGGGCCGGGUGACAUCAACCUGCAGGAUGAGCGCUGGCAAGACCUCAAUGUGAUCAGCAGCCUGCUCAAGUCCUUCUUCCGGAAGCUGCCUGAGCCUCUCUUCACUGAUGACAAAUACAACGACUUCAUCGAGGCGAACCGCAUCGAAGACUCCAGGGAGCGGAUGAAGACGCUGCGGAAGCUGAUUCGCGAUCUCCCGGGACACUACUAUGAGACGCUCAAGUUCCUCGUAGGCCAUCUCAAGACCAUCGCCGACCACUCGGAGAAGAACAAGAUGGAGCCUCGGAACCUGGCCCUGGUGUUUGGGCCGACAUUGGUGAGGACGUCUGAGGACAACAUGACAGAUAUGGUGACCCACAUGCCAGACCGCUACAAGAUCGUGGAGACGCUGAUCCAGCAUUCAGACUGGUUCUUCAGCGAUGACGAGGACAAGGGAGAGCGAACCCCUGUGGAUGACAAGGAGCCACAGUCAGUGCCCAACAUCGAGUACCUGCUGCCCAACAUCGGCAGGACGGUGCCCCCUGGCGACCCAGGCUCAGAUUCCACCACCUGUAGUUCAGCCAAGUCCAAGGGCUCGUGGGCCCCCAAGAAGGAGCCGUACACCCGGGAGAUGCUGGCGAUCUCCUUCAUCUCGGCCGUCAACCGCAAGCGGAAGAAGCGGCGGGAGGCGCGGGGCCUGGGCAGCAGCACGGACGACGACUCGGAGCAGGAGGCGCACAAGCUGGAGGCGGCGGCGGGCGCGGCGGCGGCGGCGGGGACGCCGGGAGCCCCCGAGCGGCGGGACGCGCCCCGGCCGGGCGCCGCCGCCCCCGCCGCCCCCGGGCGCCUCAGCCCCCCGGCGGCGCCCGAGGAGCGGCCGGCGGCGGACACGCGCUCCAUCGUGUCGGGCUACUCCACGCUGUCCACCAUGGACCGCAGCGAGUGCUCGGGCGCCGAGAGCCGGCGCGCGGGCGCGGGGGACGAGGCGGACGACGAGCGCAGCGAGCCGAGCCUGGCGGAGACCGACACGGAGGGCGGCGCGGGCCCGGGCGCGCGGCCGGGGCGCCGGCCGUCCUUCAGCUCGCACCACCUCAUGCCGUGCGACACGCUGGCGCGCCGCCGCCUGUCCCGCGGCCGCCCCGACGCCGAGGCCGCCCCGGGCCCGCCGGGCUCCGCCUCGUCCAGCAGCCAGGAGUCGCUGCGGCCGGCGGCGGGCGCGGCGGCGCUGGGCGCGCGGCCCUCGCGCAUGGAGGCCCUGCGGCUGCGGCUGCGGGGCACCGCCGACGACAUGCUGGCCGUGCGGCUGCGGCGCCCGCUCUCGCCCGAGACCCGGCGCCGCCGGAGCAGCUGGCGCCGCCACACCGUGGUGGUGCAGAGCCCGCUGACCGACCUCAACUUCAACGAGUGGAAGGAGCUGGGCGGGGGCGCCGCCCCGGAGCCGGCGGGCACGCGCGCCCUCAGCGACAACAAGGACUCGGGCCUCAGCAGCCUGGAGUCCACCAAGGCCCGGGCCUCGGCGGCCUCGCUGCCGCCCGGGGACCUGGGCGCCCCGCAGAGCCAGGCCCCGCGCCGCCUGGCCGCCUCCCGCCUCCACCAGUGUCUGUGACGCCCCCCACCCCGGCCUCCACAGGGUCCCUGGGGGAACGAGU